AUGGCCCAAAGCAAUCUUCCUUUGCGCGAUAAUACGAGUAGCGAUGAUUCCCUGGAGUUGACUUUUUUAAUCGUUGGAGCAGGCCCGGCUGGGGCGACUUUGGGAAGUUUCCUUGGUAAAUAUGGCUUCAAAGGUUUGAUCAUCAGCUCUGCUCCAUCGUCGGCGAACACCCCGCGCGCGCAUAUAAUCAACCAACCUGGGAUGGAGUGUAUCCGUGACCUCGACCCCGACAUGGAGAAAGAAUUCAUGAGAAAUGGCUACUCGGGCCCAGAGAAGGGCCUCACGCGUUGGUGUGAGACCAUGAAUGGAAGAGAGUUUGGCCGUAUCACGUCCUGGGGAUCAGAUGUACAACGAGGGGGCGAGUUUCAAAUGAGUAGCCCAUGCUCACACUUGGAGCUGCCUCAAACACUGACAGAGCCUAUCCUCCUUCGAUAUGCUUCACAGCACGGCUUUCCUUGUCGAUUUCGAACACAAUUCGUUUCAUUCGAUGACUCGACAGCCGGCGUCAUUGUUGUGACCGUCCGAGACAUGAUUUUCGACAAAUUAUACACCAUCAGAACUAAAUACCUGUUUGGAGCCGACGGAGCCAAAAGUGCCAUCGUUCGACAGCUUGGUCUUCCCAUGGCGGUGCAGCCUAGCCAGGGCAUAGCUCUCAACGUCCUUGUUCGAGCUGACCUUUCCCAUUUGAUGAAGAAUCGCGUCGGAAAUCUGCACUAUGUGAUCCGGCCUGACGCAGACUACCCUGAUUUUGCUUGGUGGUCGAUUGUACGCAUGGUAAAGCCUUGGUAUGAAUGGCUCAUCAUCAUGAUGUACAAGCCGACCUGUCCGGCGGAAUUUAUGCCAACUCUGGAACAAGUCAAAUGCCAGGUCUACGAAGUCAUUGGGGAUCAGUCCGUCCCAGUCGAGAUUAAUCGAGUUGACAAAUGGAUCAUUAAUGACACAGUAGCCGAAGUGUACAGCAAAGGCAAUAUAUUCUGCCUUGGAGACGCUGUGCAUCGCCAUCCGCCGAUGAAUGGUCUCGGGGCAAAUACCUGCACCCAGGACGCCGCCAAUCUUGCCUGGAAGUUAAACUUGGUGGAGAAAGGGCUAGCGAGGCCUGCACUUCUGGACAGCUAUACAAUUGAGCGUCAACCUGUUGGAGCCGGAGUCGUAGCAAGGGCCAAUUCAUCUUUGCGAGAACAUAAGCCGAUAUUCGACGCUCUUGGCUUCUUAAAACCAUCACUCGAGGAGAGGAAGAAGGAGCUCGAUGUAUUGAAAGAGGAUUCGGAGAGCGGUCGUACAAGGCGACGUGAACUCAUGAGAGCAAUCAACUACACUUCACAUGAAUUCUUGGCCUUGGGCUCAGAUAUGAACCAGCGAUACCAGUCUGCUGCUGUGUUCCUCGAGGGAUCGGGAGAUGAACCACCCUUGCCUUCGAAUCCCGUUCUGUACUAUGAGCCCCAUACGUUUCCUGGUAUGCGAUUGCCUCAUGCGUGGCUAAAUACGGCUACUCCGCAAGAACAAGUCUCAACACUGGAUCUAGCAGGCCACGGACGAUUUGCGCUCUUUAUUAGCCAUGGAGGAGAGGCAUGGCGUAAUGCUGCGCGGUCUGUGGAGCAAGCGUUGAAAAUCACAAUCGCCGUGUAUUCAGUCGGCUACGGUCUCGAGUAUGAAGCCGUAUUCAAUGACUGGUACAGACUGCGGGAAGUAGAGGAGAGCGGCUGCGUCCUUGUACGCCCAGACAACUUCAUUGCGUGGAGAAGCCAGAGCAUAGUGAAUGACACUGCUUCUGUGCUCGAGCGUGUGUUUAAAUCCAUUCUAGCUUUGUAG